UGAGUUAUUAACCAGCGUGCCGCUAGCAAUGUACACGGCAAUUCUGACGGUGGCGGAAAUUGCUUCGUUCCUUGGCUAUUUUGUAGCAGCCACGGGUUUUAAGCUCACUGUGUUACACACAAAUGAUUUCCAUUCGAGGUUUGAGGAAACAAAUCCAUAUGGAACCGUGUGUAAAGCACAAGACCUUGCCAAAGAUGGCUGCUACGGAGGAGUAGCUCGAAGAGCAACAGAGAUUAAACGAAUUCGCGCCAAGGAGAAUAAUGUGAUUCUUCUUUCUGCCGGAGAUGUGUUCACGGGGACCCUGUGGUACAAGGAAUACCGUGGAAAUGCGACUUGGUCUGUGAUGAAUGAGAUGGGUUACGACGCUAUGACCCUUGGUAACCACGACUUCGAUGACGGUCCAGCUAUCACGGCGCGGUUUCUCAGGAAUAUCAAGUGCCCUGUCGUUGUGUCAAAUGUCAACUGCACACUUGAGCCCGCGCUUAUGGACAACGGUAGACCGCUGAUACUACAGAGUACAAUACUGACGGUGGGAGGGAAGAGGAUCGGAUUGGCUGGUUAUGUUACCCAUGAUACACCACGUAUUUCGAGCCCAGGCCCCGGACAAUUAGUCAAGUUUGCGCCUGAGGUUGCAGCUGUACAGUCAGCGGUUGACGACUUGAAGCGGCAAGGCGUCAAUAAGAUCAUCGUGCUUGGUCACGCGGAAAUGGACGUGGACAAAGCAGUAGCCCGGAUGGUGGACGGCGUCGAUCUGCUUGUCGGGGGGCACACGCACACAUUUCUCUACUCGGGCGACAAGCCCCCGGCACAAGACGUCCCUGAGGGCCCUUAUCCACUAGUGGUCACAUCUGAAGCCACCCCCGGGAAAAAGGUCCCCAUUGUACACGCGUAUAAGUUCGGCAAAUACCUGGGAUGCCUUGAUGUAGAGUUUGACGAUAAAGGUGACUUGACUAGCUGGACCGGGAACCCUGUGUUACUUGACAGGAGCGUGGCGAAGGACUCGGCACUAGAGCAGCAGGUGCAAAGGAUGAGGGGAAGAGUCGACAAGCUGGCCUCGAUCAAGAUUGGACGAUCACUAGUCCAGCUCAACGGGGACAGAGAUGUCUGCUGGCGCGGCGAGUGUAACCUUGGCAACGUCAUCACAGAUGCCAUGGUCAUGACGUAUGCUAAUAAGACAGCAACGUCCAUGCAAUGGACUGGGGCGAGUGUCGGCUUGCAAACUGCUGGAAAUAUCUUCAAGUCCAUUGAGCUUACUCCAGAAGGUUACGUGACGUACGGGGAGUUGUUUGACGCCAUGCCGUACUCUAAUACGUUUGACGUUCUCAACAUGAAGGGUUCUGAUCUUCGCGGGGUACUGGAACAAUCAGUGAGAACGUGGCCGAGUUACACGUUCCUCCAAGUCUCAGGUCUCAAGGUUUCCUAUGACAUGUCUCGUGAACCUAUGACACGCGUCGUCAAGGUCAAGGUCCGCUGCGCUCAGUGUCUAGUUCCAAUCUACCACGACCUCAAUGAUACCGGCAUCUACAAAGUCAUAACCAAUUCUUGGAUCGCAGGGGGAGGGUCGGGGUUUUCUGUGUUUAAAAGAAGGCUUCAUCUCGAGAAGGGUGACGAGUUAGAGGCGGAUGUAGUGUCGAAAUACAUCGAAUGGAAAAGCCCUAUCUUUACAGGGGAGGAGGGAAGAGUCAGUUUUGUCACAGUCGAGUCAGCCGCGCGUGCACUGGAAACUAAUCACGCGACACUUUUAACUCUCUCUUUAGUUUUGAGCUUCAUUUUACACUGUUAGUCGCUUGCCCUUUUUGGCCAUAUAUGGAGAUGUUGCUCAAAGUUUGUAAACAUGUUUUGUACAGGCAUUUAUGGUAACGUCACGCGCGAAGCAUCAUUUUUUGCCAUAUAUAGCACUUCACUUGAGCUUGAUAACUAUUACUAUCAUUAAAAAAUGUCGAUCAACCA